UUUAAAUACAAAGUGAGAAAACGGCAAACGUUUAACUUUUAAAUGCAAAAACGGGAAAGUGAAACUAAAAACAGUGACAUUUCCGAUGGAAAUAAAAAAAUUGCAAUUGAAGAAAACGGUAAAUUAUGAGCUGAUGCGCCAAAUGGACGCAGUGAAAAUGAUAAAGAAAUUGAAAGAAAUGUUGUAAAUGUAAGAAAAAUGACAGAUAAUAGCACAAGGGAUUGUGAUAUUAACCCUGACAACGAAGGCGAGCACACUAGCGAGGAUAAUUUACUUGGGGACGAGGAAAAUACUCGUGAUAUUGGACCAGACUGUGUUGUUCCUUGUGAUACUGCAUUCAAUGUAUGUGUCGUUGAAGAGAAAUUGAAUAGUGUUAGUCUCGACUGGCAUUUAUUGGACGAUGUCGAAGUAUAUAGAAUCGAAAAAUAUCACCGACGACGCGGCUGGGAGCAAGUCGCUUGGGUAGGCACUGCACCUACGACCAUUGAAAAUUUGGCCGAGAAUUUCACAUAUCGGUUGCGCAUCAAGGGACAGCGCUUUUCUGAUGCGCGUGGACUAUUUGAGGAUUGUAAAAUGUCACCAGAGUUUUUGGCCACCACUUUGGCACCUUUGCCAACCACACUGUGCCUACACCGCGCUAUCAAGAAAGGUCAACAGUUUUUAGUUAAACGUAUACUACGGCGACGAGCCAGCUUAAUGGAUUAUCCCGGUCCGAAUAGUUACUUGCCGCUGGCGAAUGCCAUUAUGAGCGGUCAACAUUGUGUUACCGAUGUGCUGCUGAGCCAUGGCGCUAGUGUACAUAUCGGCAAUCCGCUUAAUGGACGCACUCCACUGCAGCUCGCUUUCUACCAUGGCCGCUUGGCCGUCGCACGCAUUCUGCUAAAUCGUAAGGCACAGCUUGAAGCCACUGACAUUAAUGGCAUGACUGCUUGUCAUUUUGCCGUCGACGCUAAUCAAUUGGAACUGCUUAGAUUUGCGCUUGAAAACGGUGCCAAUGUGAAUGCAGCGGAUGCUUGCGGCUGGUCAUUACUGUCACGUGCAGUUGUUAUGGGCGCUGACGCUUGCGUUCUUAAGCUGUUGCUGACAUUCGGUGCGGAUGCCAAGUCCGUGGAUAAACUGGGCAAGACUUGCGUGGAUUUGGCGAACAUUUACAAGAACACUGUUGCGAGCGAUUAUUUAGUGAAGGCCUUGCGGCCUAAGUAAAAUU